AUGAACUAUUCAGACUGGGAUUCAGGGGGCGGGGAUCUCUUUGGACCCAAUAGGGGAACCCUAAGUGUGGAUGAGCUCCGAAAUGACCAGGAGCGGGUAAUUGAGGAACAAGACAGAGGUCUGGACGCAAUCAGCCAGAGUCUAGCCAGGACUAAACGCAUGGCCACCGCAAUCGGAGACGAAGUUGAUGAUCAGAAUGACCUGAUUGAGGAUAUAAAAGACAAAACUGAAACUGUUCAUUCGAAAUUCCACAAGGAAAACAGACAUGUGAAUUUGGUGCUGGAAAAAUCGAACACUACUGUAUUAUGGGUCAUUAUAAUAGUUCUUUUCAUAACCAUUUUACUCCUUUUCAUCAUAUUUUAG